AUGAAUGCCAAACCUCGUUCGAGAGUGGGUCUACAUCAUCGUUCUCGAGUUUCGCCAAAGCACAGUGUGUCUGCCAGUCGCUAUCAUCAACCGUUCAUAUCGAUUCAAAACCGUUCGGCUAGUGGCCUUCGAGGAGUGGAUCUUGUGGAGCAAGUAGCUCAAAACACGUCAAUUCAGCGACGACGGUGGGCAGAAUUGUAUCCUCGACUGUGGGAGCGCAAAGCCAAGAUCGACAUUGUAGAUACAAUUCUGUUCGUGAACGGCAGCCCAGCUGACUGGUAUUUUACCUCGUCAGUCACCGGGGAAUUGAAAAGAAAGAGUAGUUCGAAGUUAAAUGCCGUGGCUAUCCGGAAGCACUGUGCAAAAUCUUCUUUACUUAGUGAUGAUUCUCGACAGCGUUUGCGUGCUCGUCUUGUCCAUGAGGAAUCGGGUCAACUCGUGUACAGUCCGCUUCGUGAUGGAGAAAUUAGCUUCGUUCUCAGUCAACCACCCUCAGAUCUAGCAGUAGCAACGAUGUUGCUACAACCACUACUGCCUUCUGCCCGCCAACCUACAAACGCGCGAGGUACAUUUGUUGCAAAGUACAAUAUCACUGCUACUUCUUCGUGUACGCGGGUCUUGCUUCUAGAAAAUGGUGGAUUGUAUGGACUGCUGCCGUCUCAAGCCUCAACAGCAAAAUCUGAAGCAUCAGGUGUGGUACGUUCAAGGCGUCCUAGUAGUGCCCCCGCCACAGCACAAAGUCAUCAGCUGGAAGAAAUUAUCAUGGGAGAAUUGCGCAAACUGGUGCACGAGGUUGAGGCUGCUUUCAAUGAUCGUGUUCGGCUAUUGACGGCCGACUUCCAGAUCACGGAUAUGCACAGACUGGUGCUUGUUCGUGUCAGUGGUGUGGUAUUUUUCUCCGACUUGUUAACUCACCAAAGAUCGAACUUACAGUCUUCCAUCGCAAUCGACAACAACCGCAAGUGUGCUGGUCGAGAAUUUUGCCAUUGCACCGAUAUAGUGAGUGCUCCUGGAUUGAAUCGAUCACGAUCAUCGGAAAAACAAGCUGAAGUGUGUCAAAUCACACGCAAGUCGAUUUCACUGAGCGAGAAUGAAACCGCGUUCCUCAAGCGCUUUGGAGCUGAAGCGGAGGCAACUUUACGCCCAAUUGAAAGCUCAGACUUGACAGCAGCGGCUUCAUGGGCUCGAGGGAGCAAGACUACUAGUAGUCAGUACUCUACAGUCACGAAGUUGCUCGAGAGACGCAUUUUCAUGCUUCAAAACACCUUGUGGAACCCGAAAUCAGAUGCCUUUGACCCUAAAGCCCUGGAGUUUGAGGAUGUUCGAUGGCUACCGCAUGAAUACGAAAUGGUUGCUGUUUGUCACGCAUGCAACCUCAUCUACCAGGCGAUUGAUGACGAACGGUUCAGUCGAUCUCGUGAGACGGCUGCGGCGGCAACGCGAAGAUCAACUGAACUAUUUCGCUCCAAAUUUCUCGAAAGCGAACGAGCCACGAUUGCAACACUGCGUAAAAGGCCAAGCACCGCCAGCGGAAUAGUGAGAGAAGCGUGGGAAGACAAUGAAGAGGGCCAAGCAUAG